UGACGGGGCUUUGCACUGCAGUAACCCCAGCUGGGGAGACCUUUACCCUCCAUUCACAGGGGACGCCUCCUCCUCCAUUCCUCCUUCCUUACCCCCAGCGCGCAGCAUUUCUCUCUACCUCAACAUGGCGGCCCUCAGCAAGUCUAUUCCCCACAGCUGCUAUGAGAUCGGGCACACCUGGAACCCGUCGUGCUUCAUCUCCUACCUGCAGAUCACGCAGGGUGCCAUGGAGGAAUCGCUAAAGAUCUAUGCGCCCUUAUACCUGGUGGCUGCUUUACUGCGGAGGAGAAAGUUUGAUUACUACUUACACAAACUACUACCUGAGCUCUUCCGGUCAACAUCCUUCUUGACGGCCAAUGGGAGCCUGUACAUUGCUUUCUUCUGCAUUCUAAGGAAGAUACUUGGAAAAUUCUACUUUUGGACACCUGGUUUUGGUGCUGCUUUGCCUGCUUCAUACAUUGCAAUCCUGAUUGAAAGAAAAAGCAGGAGAGGCUUGCUGACAAUAUACAUGGCCAAUCAAGCCACAGAGACGUUAUUUCGAAUGAGUGUGACAAGAGGGUACAUUAAACCAAUAAGACAUGGAGAGGUACUUUUGUUUUGCAUCACCUCUGCACUGUAUAUGUUCUUUUUCAGGUGCAAGGAUGGCCUGAAAGGUUUUGCAUUUUCAGCUCUUAAAUUCAUUGUGGGAAAGGAAGAAAUUCCAGCACACUCACUUUUGCCAGAGACUGUAUAUGCCAAAGUUGAAAAAAAGAUCAAACAGAAAGGGGAGGUUUCCAGAAGAAUGAAUAUAAUCUCUUUAUCAAAAAAACUAAUGGACACAAUAUGCAAGCAUGGGCCAAGACACAGAUGUUGCAAACACUAUGAAGACAAUUGCAUCUCCUACUGCAUUAAGGGCUUCAUUAGAAUGUUUAGUGUUGGAUACUUGAUCCAGUGCUGCCUUCGUAUCCCGUCUACAUUUAGACAUCUGUUUACAAAACCAUCCCGGUUAUUGUCACUGUUUUAUAACAAGGAAAACUUUCAGCUGGGCGCUUUUCUGGGAUCAUUUGUCAGUAUUUACAAGGGCACUAGCUGCUUCCUGCGCUGGGUACGUAACUUGGACGAUGAACUCCAUGCACUCAUAGCUGGUUUUUUGGCAGGCAUUUCUAUGAUGUUUUACAAAAGUACCACAAUAUCCAUGUAUCUUUCAUCCAAACUUGUCGAGACAAUGUACUUCAAAGGCAUUGAAGCAGGAAAAUUUCCGUAUUUUCCACAUGCAGAUAGUAUCAUCUAUGCAGUCUCUACAGCAAUCUGUUUCCACGCAGCUGUUUUGGAAGUCCAGAAUUUAAGACCAUCUUAUUGGAAAUUCCUUCAAAGACUGACAAAGGGCAGGUUUGCUUUAAUGAACAGAAAAGCCUUAGAUAUUUUUGGCUCUGAAGCUUCAAAGAACUUUAAAAACUUCAUCCCAAAACUGGAUCCAAGAUUCACUGUAGUAAAACCAGAAUUACCAAUUGAAUUUUCUUGAAUUGACAUACUUUCCCAAGACAAAAUGUGAAAAUCAGCGUGAUCAGUUGUCGUAUCAAGAUAAAUAGAUGUGGAAGAUUCAUCAGUAUUAACUAAUUUUUGAUGACCAAUAAAAACAUGACUUAAUGUUUGGUUGAAUAUAAACUGAAUGGUAGAUUACUGAUUCUGUGGGGAUUAUUCAUUUGAUAUUGCCUCUCAAGGCAAUAUGGCAAAGUGAAUACUAUGAAAUUAAAUAUUUCUUUAUUUUAGAGCCUUGAUUGUUUCAAUGGCAACUUAAUGAAAUGCUAGAAUUAAGUUGAGUAAUAUAAAAUGACUUUGAAACAAAUUAUCAUAUAUUAUUGAUUGUAUUUUAAGAAUAAUUAAGAUUAAAAUAUAUUGGUAUCACUCAAGAAUGCACAUUUUGUUUUAGUGUUUACUGUCAUAAAAAACUCCAUAUUUAUUGGUUUAGCCUAAACAUUUGACAUUAUCAGCCAUGAGAUUAAAUGUAUGAGUCUACUUUAUUAAA